AUGUCUACCUACGCGCCGCUGCGGGUGCGCGCCGCUCUGGUCCGCAUCGACAAUGGCACCUUCUACCGCCACCACCCUUCCUCUCAGACGCCGCACCCAAACCCUCCCCUUUUCCCUAACCUAAAAUGGUCACUUUUCAACUUUCCUUUGCACAGAAACAAGGACAAGCGCCCGCACUGGUGCGUUGUAGGCCCCUCGCUUUCGGGAAAGACAACGUUCCUUCAAGUCUUGGCCGGACAGCACCUGUGUGUUCCGCCCUCGGCCAGAUCGUACCCCUAUCUGUCUACCGAUGACGUGCCUCAUCAUCUGAGAACGCCGUCUCGAGCCAUUCAGUAUGUUGGCUUCGACACGGGCAGCUCUGGCGGCGGCCUGGGCCCGGUAACCUCGACGUACAUGUCGGCCCGGUACGAGUCUCGACGGGAAGAGACGGACUUUUCGCUAAGAGACUACCUGCUCGGAAACACAGAACUAAACUCGGCCCACGAGAGCAUCCUGGGCGACGAGAACUUGGACGGCUCCGACAAGGCGGCGCUCCUGUUUGACCGGGUCACGCGGGAUCUCCGGCUGGAACCGCUCCUGGAUCUCCCCGUCACAUUCCUAUCAAACGGCCAAGGGCGGCGCGCGCGCAUCGCGAGGGCGCUCCUCCGGACCCCCGAGCUCUUGCUGCUGGACGAGCCAUUCAUGGGACUCGACCCGCCCACCGUCGUCUCGCUGAGCCCCGUGCUGCACGGGCUGGCCGAGCGCGAGGAGCCGAGGCUCAUCCUGACGGCACGCCCGCAGGACCCGCUGCCCGAGUGGAUCACGCACGUCGUGUAUCUGCGCGCCGACUGCAGCGUCGCCAUCGAUGGCGUGCGCGAGAGGGUGGUCAACACCCUCAGGAGGUACUACCACGCGCUCACCAAAGGCAAGAGAGAGGAGCUCGAGCGCCUGGCCUGCCCCAAGUGCCGCCGUGUGUUCGUGUCGCGCGCCCAGAUGUUGCAGCAUCUGGAGGAAGCGGGCUCGAACCCAUGUGCCACUCGGCCUAACAAUCUUAUGGGACCGCCAGUCGAGGACCCGGCGCUCCCCGUCUCGACAUUGAGUGAGAUGGGCCGCACGCUGACCGAGAAAGGCAUUGAGGGCGUUGGGUUCGCGGAGGAGUUGGGUUGGACAGGGGUGAGCGUCAAGGUUCCAACAGUACGAGAUCGGACGCCAAAGGAUGAUGAUAGCUUUACCGCGAAUAUUCCCACUGGUGAGCCAAUAGUGGAGAUGGACGGCUGUCAAGUUCAGUACGGCAGCAAGGUCGUGCUGGGCAACUGGAUGAACCCCGACGGCGGCAAAAAAGGCCUGGUUUGGACAGUGCGCCGAGGCGAGCGUUGGGGCGUAUUCGGACCAAACGGGUCUGGCAAAACGACGCUCUUUUCGCUACUUUGCUCAGAUCACCCACAAACCUACUCGCUACCAAUCCGACUAUUCGGUCGCAGUCGGCUUCCUGAGCCUGGGUCGGGAGAGCUCCCGCUCACGUUCUGGGACAUACAGUCGCGUGUGGGCCAUUCGAGCCCCGAGAUCCAUCAACAUAUGCCACGGUGGCUGACGACACGCCGGGUGCUCGAAAGCGCGUGGGCACACACGUUCCAGAGCAAGGCGCAGCUUGACGAGGUGGCGACGGCCAAGGUCGACGCGACGCUGCGCUGGUUUGAGAGAGAACUUAAUCCUGGGUACCAGGAUCGUGUCAGCGCAGACGUGGCGUGGGCGACCGAAUAUCUGUUCGGCGGUCUGUCCUUCAGCGCGCAGCGCGUGCUGCUGCUGCUCCGGGCAAUCAUCAAAAACCCGGACAUGGUGGUGCUCGAUGAAGCCUUCAGCGGCAUGGACGAGGGUGUCAGGGACAAGUGUAUGCUGUUCAUCUCGUGCGGGGAGGAGAAGGAGCUCGCCAAGGCCCUGGUUGGAUCGACAUCGACCUCUUCUGCGUCGUGGGCAGCAGCCCCGGAGGUGGUUGAGAGCCAGAUCAAAAAGGCUGGCUUGGUCAAGGUCACGGGGCUCUCUCAACGGCAGGCUCUCAUUUGCAUCAGUCACGUCAAGGAGGAGGUGCCGCCCCUGGUCCGUGAGUGGCUCUGCCUGCCCAAGGCCGAGUCUGGCCGGCCUGCGAGGUUCGGCAGGCUGGACGGACCCCUGCGGACAGAUUCGAGGCGAUGGGAUGAGAUCUGGGGAGUCGCGAAGCCGGAAGCCGGCGACGACUCGGCGGGAUUGGACCACAUCUCGUAG